CGCAACCAACAACAACGCAAUACAAAAUGUUCUUGAAAAGAGUUAAUGCCACUGGUAACCAAAUGAUGAAUAAUAAUGAUUCCUCAAUGGAUAUGUACUCCUCAUCUUAUAAACCACAUCAGGGAAUUUCCUUCAUGUCCAUGAUGCAAUCAUCAAAUAAUACAACAGCAAGAGGUAUUCACAAGCAAAAGAAGAUGCAAUCUACAAGAAGUGCUUCAAUUAUUUCUUCAUCAUCAACUAUUAAGAGAUUUGUUUCUAAUACUAAUACAAGCAGAUUACUCAAGAAGAAUGAUACAGUCCUCAUCAAUGUUGAUGAUGAAAUGGCUUUACUCCAAAGUGUCGAUCCACAAUUACAAGGUAAAUUGGGUAAAGUUAUUGCUGUCAGAGGUGAUGAAAUUGAAGUUGAAUUGGUAAAUGAUGAAGAUAGAGAAGAAGAUGAUUGGGAUUGUUUUGCUAUUAACAGCCCACUUCCAAAGACUGUCAAUAUUCCAAGCUUUUGUGUUUGUUUGGAAGAUCGUGUCUUGAAGACUAGAUUGACCAAUGCUUAAACAUCAAACUAGAGAAAUGAUGCGGAGAAGAUUGUGUUGAAACUGAUCACAAUCUUUGUUGAUUAACCAUUUCAUUUCACAUAUCACUGGUACAGUUUAAGAUUACUUUGCGAAAGCACUUGUAGAGUUUUUAUACAAAUUUUAACACAACAUGUAGUUACUAUUCAAGAUAUAUUUACUCAUACUUUGAAAGAACAGGUCCAAUGAUGAUUCUCGGAUUUAUCAAGUCUAACAACAAUAACUUGAUAUUUACAUAAUCCUAGAAGAGUGACUUGUUUAAAAAAUUAAAAAUCCAAAAACAUUUAAAUAAAAAAGUCAAAAUCAAUAUC